CGUUGAAAACGCCCCGGCCGCCGCCUGUGGUGGGAGGUGGUGAUGCGGACGGACGGAGACGGGGCGAGGAGGAAACAUGAGCCGGCGGGAGCCCAGACGGAGCGGCCUUAACGCCUCCCCGAAGCGGUGUGCCUCGACCCCCGCACCCUGACCCCCCAGCCCCACGCCACCCCCCCCCUCCAAAGAGCCAGCCCCGCCCGACCUUUCCGCCCUGCCGGCCAUGCUGUCCCCGGAAUAACCUGCUUGCGCCGCAGACGAGACUAGACUUCCAGCGGCAGCGGGUCAGAACCCCGAACCGCGGCGCCCGGGAGCCGAGUCCAGAGCGUCCCCAGAAGGCUAGAAGUAGGCGGCCACCCCCUCCCCGUGCUUCGGAAGGUCCCAGUCAGCCGAAGCGGCAGCUCCUCCGACCCCCCGAGGGCGCAGGGCCCGGGUAGAGGAGGCGGCAGGAGCGGAGGCGCUGAUGCCGCAGGGAGCGGCCGGCAGGGCAGCGGAGCAGCAGCAGCAGCAGCGGCCGUGGCGGCGUUGGCAGCGGCGCCCGCUCCAGUCUUCGUCCUCCCCAGCCCCCGGCCCAGCCCCGCGGAGCGGAGCCGCUGGAGCCCCCCCGGAGCCGCGCGGCGCCGCCCGCUGUAGCUCGCCGCCUCUCAUGUCCAGGCUGGGACCCGGGCCCCGGCGCAGUGACGUGACCUCGGGCUAGAAGCCGCCGCCUUCCUUCCUUCUCAGCGAUGUAUUCAGUGUUCUCCGCCUGCACUUGCCUAUGUUUACACUUCCUGCUGCUGUGCUUACAGGUACAGGUGUUGGCAGCCGAGGAGAACGUGGAUUUCCGUAUCCAUGUGGAGAAUCAGACGAGAGCUCGGGAUGAUGUGAGCAGGAAGCAACUGAGGCUGUACCAGCUGUACAGCCGGACGAGCGGGAAGCAUAUCCAGGUGUUGGGGCGGAGGAUUAGCGCCAAAGGGGAAGAUGGAGACAAAUAUGCUCAGCUUCUAGUGGAAACAGACACAUUUGGCAGUCAAGUCCGGAUCAAAGGCAAGGAGACAGACUUCUACCUUUGCAUGAAUAGGAAAGGCAAACUCGUGGGGAAGCCUGAUGGCACCAGCAAAGAGUGCGUCUUCAUUGAGAAGGUCCUGGAGAACAAUUACACAGCACUGAUGUCUGCCAAAUACACAGGCUGGUAUGUGGGCUUCACCAAGAAGGGGCGACCACGGAAGGGCCCCAAGACUCGGGAGAAUCAGCAGGAUGUACACUUUAUGAAGCGCUACCCUAAGGGCCAAGCUGAGUUGCAGAAGCCCUUCAAGUAUACAACGGUGACCAAGCGGACAAGGCGCAUCCGGCCUACGCACCCUGGCUAGAGCAGCCGACCCCACUAGCUUCACCAGGAUGGUACAACCAUAAGCCACACACACCAACACACACAUAGACACACACACACACACACACACACACACACACACACACACACAGAAAAAAAAACUGCAUCAGAGAAAUAUUUUUACAUUAAAAUAAGGAAGAAGUUCUAUUUUUGUACAUUGUGUUUAAAAGAAAAAAAAACUGAACCCAAACGCUAGGGGAUAGCGAUAAGGAUUUAUUGUUGACUUGAAAUCACCCACAACAAAAGACUCUUAUCUAACUUAAGUGGACUGGGUGUUCAUUUCUCUUUCGGAACAGACAACUUUAAGCUGGUCCCCAGAGAACUUUAUUAAAGGAACCAACAAGCAAGGGAAACCAAAGUCCUUUUUUUCCAAAGUUACUGGAAAAAAAAAAAAAAGCAAAACAAAACAACCACCCCUUCCCCUCAAAAAACAAACACUCCACAGACUACCCUUCUCCUC